GAUCAUGGCUACCAACCGUAUCGACAUCCUGGACUCUGCGCUGCUGCGGCCGGGCCGGAUUGACCGGAAGAUUGAGUUUCCGCCGCCGAACGAGGAGGCCCGCCUCGACAUCCUGCGCAUCCACUCGCGCAAGAUGAACCUCACCAGAGGCAUCAACCUGCGCAAAAUCGCCGAACUGAUGCCCGGCGCAUCGGGCGCAGAGGUCAAGGGUGUCUGUACGGAGGCGGGCAUGUACGCGCUGCGCGAGCGGAGGGUGCACGUCAACCAGGAGGACUUCGAGAUGGCCGUGGCCAAGAUCAUGCAGAAGGACUCGGAGAAGAACAUGUCCAUCAAGAAGCUGUGGAAGUAGUGGAGGGGAGGGAGGGACCGACCGCUCCCUGCCGGCGUCCCUGGACCGGUGGCACUCUCUCAUACCGACGUCUGCCGUCGAUCUGUGUUCGGGCGGUCUUGUAACGCGCUCAGCUGCGACAACAUGUUUCUCUAUUGUCAUCGCUGGAUUACAAUAAAUCACACUGUGUCUGAA